AGAAAGAGAAGUUUCUUUUCUUUAUUCAUUUCCCUUUUCUCGUUUUCAUUAGCAGCUUCCGGUUUUUAGUUGUCAACUUCUGGAAGCCCCUUUGAUUGAUUGCUACAUCUACCUCCAUUCUCCUCCCCCCAUUUAAUGGUCAACCUAGUCGAAUCUUCAACUAUUCGUUCUUUAUAUUCUCUUACAGGUUUUGGUCAAAUCAAAUUUGUUAUGCAAAAGACAGAUCAAACACCUCCCUCUUCUACGUCUUCUUCUUAUAUAGUACAAGAUAAGAACUCUAUUUCUCUUCCACUCAAGACCUUUCUCUUCCCCAUUCCUAGUAUCCUGUUGUUGCUUCUGAUUGAAUCUGUUUAUUGAUUUUAAUCCAUGGAUGCCAAUCGGAAAGCUCACCCGGAUUGUCGAUAUUUUGCAAACCCUUUCCAUGAAUGUGCUUCUGAUUGUUUAGAGAAGAUUUCUCAUGGCCGUGGGAAGAAGCAUUCUAAGAAGCAAGGUUCAGCGAUUCUUAGCCUCCCGGGGAGUUUCGGUAAGAAAAAGACAGAGUCACAGCCACCUUCACCUUUGAAUACAAGGCAAUAUCAGAACGGUGCUGCUAAUUCCCCAAAGGUUCGUCAGUCAAGACCUUCCCCAGUAGCUGUGAAGAAGACAGCAACUCCAGAAGCCAACAAAUCGUUACCCUCUCUAUCCUCUGAUGAAAUCUCUAUUGACCUCAACGGUCAGCAUGAUUCUUUCAACCAUAAGCCAGAGAAGCCAUCACGAACGGUUCCUCUAUCCCCAAACAGCAUGGCUGAUCAUAGCAAAACUGUAUCACCAAGACCUCGAGAACAUGUACACAGUGGCAAGAAUGACACAGCCAGUGAGAUUACUGUCUUCAAUGUCGUAAGCCCUCCAAGAUCAUGCACCAAUGAUGAUGAUGAUGAGGAGGACGGAGUAGAGCUAGACCUUAUAUCAGUAAUGUCAGACUCGUGUGUUUCAGUUGGAAAAUACCGUGUGAGCUCAGGUGUUUCCACAAUCCUACGGUCAAUCCUCGACAAACAUGGAGACAUAGCCGCAAACUGCAAGCUAGAAUCAGCAUCAAUGCGAUCCCGAUACCUAGAGUGUCUAUGCACAUUGAUGCAAGAACUUAGGUCAACCCCGGUAGGGCAGUUGACCGAACUAAAAGUAAAAGAGAUGGUCGCGGUUCUCAAGGACUUGGAGUCCGUGAACAUCGACGUUGGCUGGAUGCGUUUAGUUCUUGAGGAGUUUGCUCAGUAUCAAGAAAACACAGACUCAGAGAAAGUGAGGCAAGAAGGAUUGGUGAGGUCUAAGAAACAGAAAAUGGAGAUUCAGGAGGCUGAUUUGGCUCGGAUAGAGAAGGAAGUAGCGGAAGCGAGGUCGAGGGUCGAGGAGAUGAAAGCAGAGCUGGCUGAGCUCGAGACAGAGCGGUUGCGGAUGGAGGAGGUGGGAUUUAAGGUUGAGAAAUAUAAAGGGAAGACGUUUCUUGAUGAGCUUCUGUGAUGUUUGUUAAUACAAGAAGUAAACUACACCAAAUACUCUAGAAGAUUAAUUAAGACAGAGUGUUUAGUUUAUGUUUGAUAUAAAGAUGUUUUUUACAAUAGUCUAAACCUGAUCUGAGUCAUAUUAAGGUGAAUUAUUAUUCACCCUCCAGUAUUAAUGUAUUAUUUUCUUGUUUAAUUCUUUUUGGUGAUAAUAUAUUACUUUGUCCCU